AUGAGAAGCCUCGUAGCUUCUCCCCAGCCGGGAAUGCCAGCAAUCCCAUGCACCCCAGUCCUCCUAUACCACUGCUGGCCGACACAACGCACAGAAACCAGCCAGCUCGCCGAAUUCUGCUGGAUCGACCUCGCCCAUGUAGUCAUGCUAGUUGAGCACGGAACCAUAGCAAGAGACGUCGGCCAAAAGCUACUUCCCGCGAUCCGGGAAAUCAGCCAAGCCGGCCACGAGAAUCUGGCCAUUGAUCCAACCAAAGAAUCCCUCCUGUACCAGAUCGAAGCCGCUCUGGCAGAAAAGUUGGGCGACUACGUUGCUGGCGCCAUGCACACAGCGCGCAGCCGUAUAGAUCAGCGAGCAACAGUCGGAAGAAUCUUUUACAGGACUCAGUUCCUGCAGCUGAUGAGCAGAAUCCACGACUUUCAAGAGAUUCUCAUCACAACGGCGAACAAGUAUGUUUCUACGGUAUUCCCCUACCACACACAUAUGCAGCAGUCUCAACCUGGCAAUCUGGGGCAUUACCUACUGGCCUGCGCGUCCAAGUUGCAAGAUGACUUUGAGCGUUGCCAAAUGGCAUAUGCGAGACUGAAUCGCAAUCCGUUGGGAACAGUCGGUCGCUCCGGAACGGGAAUCAGUAUCGACAGAAAUCGAACAACUGAGUUACUUGGUUUUGAUGGCUGUGUGAAGAACUCUCUCCAUGGCAAGGAUGCCGACUACACUGCUGAUGUCAUGGCUUCUUUGUCAUUCAUCAUGUGUCAUCUGAACGACUUGGCUACUGACCUUCAACUAUGGUCAACUAAUGAGUUUGACUUCAUUCAACUACCCGAUACAUUUCUCGAGAAAAGCAGCUUAUUUCCUCAGAAACGAAACCCCGUAACUCUAGAGGCCAUCAAAUUGGCUGCUGGUCCUAGCGUUUCGUGGUUCACAAACGUCCUCUCAACGAGUCGGUCUGCUGGAACAGGCGACCAUUCCCUACAUGGUAUUCCUGCAAACAUGGAUCAAGCACUUGACACGACAUCCAGCAUGUUAAUUCUAGCCAGUCUUUCCGUCGAAGCCUUCCAAUUGAAUGAGAAACGGAUUCAGAAAGUCCUCGCAGAAAGUUGGUCUACAACAAGCAACUUGUCCGACAGACUCAUCCAAAACCAUGGCCUGUCUAUGCGGCAAGCUUACGCAGUGGUUUCAAAGGUGGUAUCCACAUGUCGAGAAAGAAAUAUUCCCAGAUCAGGAGUCACAGCAGACUUGGUCAGGCAAGCCAGCGUUCAAGUUGUCGGCAAGGAGGCCGCUGUGUCGCAGGAGGAAGUACAUCUUGCUCUCGAUCCGGAAGCAUUUAUGAAUACUCGUAUUAGUGCAGGGAGCGUUAGCCCAACAGAGGUCAAUGUACUCCUUGUUGAAGCUGAAGCACUGUUGAACGAGAACAGGAGGUGGGUGCAGAAGCGGUGGGCGGGACUACUCAAAGCGAGAAAGGACCUGGAUGCGGCUAUAGAGGCCAUUGUCAAGGGAUGA